AUGAUGACGUCUUGUGUGCUGCUGAAAGGACAAUCAACAGACCCAAUCAGCCGCCUCAACAUCCAGUCUACUCUGGAUAAAGAGCAAAAGCGGGCUCCUAUGGGUUUCCGGUGGCCCUGGGUCUCCACAACUGCGCUGGUGAGUUUCUCCAAUGCAACUCGCGUAAAGACGCACAUUCACGUGAAUAUGCACACACUGAAACAGACGACACACCCUUGCGAGCACUUGAAGAAGAAGUGGCAAGUUAGCACCUACACGCACUCACAUAGGCUAAAGGGGUGCAACACCAAGGAGAGUGAGGAGAUGAAGACCAAAAAGAGACCAGGGGAAAACAGAAUGCAAGAAAUGAAUGAAGACAGGAGCAAAGAGGAAGACAGGAAGAGCCUCCAGCCUACACUCGGCGAUUUCCCGAGUGACGGAGCGCUCUACUGCAGAGAGACAAAGCUGCAAACCCCGUUCAGAUUCCAAGUGUUCAUAAUCCCAGAGUUUGGAAAUAGGUUUUUGCUUCAGCACAAAAAGUACAAAGCCAGCAAGCAGCGUUCAGAAGAGAUCCUGGCUCCCGUAAAGAUGGCUGAUGAGUUGCAGCCAGAUCCAAACAGCCUGCAAAUACCUAGUGAAAAUGCCUCCAUCCCAUCUUCGCCUGCCUCAGCUAGAAAUGAAUGCAGCAUCACACCCGUCACACCCUCACCCUCGCCGAGGGUCGAGGUCAGACCCAGGAUGGCCUGUCCAUUCUUGGUUGUCGUGGCCAUAGAUUUUGGGACCACCUCCAGUGGCUAUGCUUUCAGCUUCACCAAGGACUCAGAAGCCAUACACAUGAUGAAACGCUGGGAGGGUGGCGAUCCCGGAGUGGCCAACCAGAAGAGCCCGACCUGCCUGCUCUUGACCCCCGAUUUGCGUUUCCACAGUUUCGGCUUCGCAGCACGAGACUUUUACCACGACUUAGAUCCAGAGGAGGCCCGGCACUGGCUUUACUUUGAUAAAUUCAAAAUGAAGAUCCACAGCACAAGUGACCUCACCAUGGAGACAGAGCUGGAAGCAGUUAACGGUCGAAGGGUUAGAGCAAUUGAGGUGUUUGCACAUGCCCUUCGCUUCUUCCGAGAACAUGCUCUGAAGGAGGUGAAAGACCAGUCUUCAUCAGUCUUGGAGGGAGAGGAGAUCAGAUGGGUGAUUACUGUCCCUGCAGUGUGGAGACAACCUGCCAAGCAGUUUAUGAGAGAGGCAGCGUACCUGGCUGGUUUGGUGUCUCCUGACUGUCCAGAGCAGCUCCUUAUUGCUCUAGAACCAGAGGCGGCAUCCAUUUACUGUCGGAAGCUCCGCCUCCACCAGGUGAUCGACCUCAGCUUGCAGCCGAUCACAAACGGGCUGGAUCUCGAUGGCUCUCGGCCCUUUGACUCCAGCUUCAGACAAGCGAGGGAGCAGCUGAGACGAUCCAGGCACAGCAGGACCUUCCUGGUGGAGAGUGGAACAGGAGAGUUGUGGUCGGAGCUGCAGACCGGAGACCGGUACGUGGUUGCAGACUGUGGAGGGGGGACAGUUGACCUGACAGUGCAUCAGAUCGAGCAGCCCCAGGGAACACUGAAGGAGCUCUACAAGGCCUCGGGUGGCCCCUAUGGUGCCGUUGGUGUAGACCUGGCUUUUGAAGCCAUGCUCUGUCAGAUCUUCGGGGAGGACUUCAUCCAGAGCUUCAAAGCAAAGCGCCCGGCCGCCUGGGUGGACCUCACCAUUGCUUUUGAGGCGAGGAAACGGACGGCGUCGCCAGGCAGAGCCAACGCCCUCAACAUCUCGCUGCCUUUCUCCUUUAUCGACUACUACAAGAGACACAGAGGGCAGAGCGUGGAGGCUGCCCUGAGAAGGAGCAAUAUGAACAUAGUGAAGUGGUCGUCCCAGGGGAUGCUACGGCUGACACAGGAGGCCAUGAACGAGCUCUUCCAGCCCACCAUCAUCAACAUAGUCAAACACAUAGAGGAGCUGAUGGCAAAGCCGGAGGUGCGAGAUGUGCGCUUCCUGUUCCUGGUAGGGGGGUUUGCCGAGUCCCCCAUGCUGCAGCGAGCGGUCCAGAAGGCUCUGGGGAGGACCUGCCGCAUCAUCAUCCCCCACGACGUCGGGCUGACCAUUCUGAAGGGCGCCGUGCUCUUCGGGCUGGAUCCCACUGUGGUCCGCGUGAGGCGAUGCCCUCUGACCUACGGCGUCGGGGUGUUGAACCGGUUCGUGGAGGGGCGCCACCCUCGGGACAAGCUCCUCCUCAAAGACGGGCGGGAGUGGUGCACGGACAUCCUGGACCGCUUCGUGUCGGUGGACCAGUCGGUGGCGCUGGGCGAGGUGGUGAGGCGCAGCUACACGCCCGCCCGGGCGGCCCAGCGCAAGAUCAUCAUCAACAUCUACUGCAGCGCCACCGAUGACGUCACCUACAUCUCCGACCCCGGGGUCAGGAAGUGCGGAACCAUAACUCUGGACCUGCCGGAGCCCGUCCCGCCGCCGGGAGCGGUGGGAGGAGCAGGAGCAGGAGGAGCGGGAGGAGCGGGAGGCCCGGAGAGGAGGGAGAUCAGAGCAACCAUGCAGUUCGGAGACACAGAGAUCAAAGUUACAGCCGUGGACGUCAUGUCUAACCGCUCCGUCCGGGCUUCCAUAGACUUCCUGUCCAACUGA